AUGUCUGGAGGUGUGAAUGGUUGGCUCAACGGGAGCAUUGCAAGUCCAAGUGAUUCCGAGGAUGAGCAAGAACCAGCUGUACGCGGCAGCAAAGCAAAGUGGACAGCAGAAGAAGACAGCAGGCUUGCAGCACUCGUUGAUCAAUUUCACGCGAAGAAUUGGAAAAAGAUCGCUGAGAGAAUGGAAGGAAGGACAGAUGUUCAAUGUCUGCAUCGGUGGCAAAAAGUUCUGAACCCAGAUUUAGUGAAAGGUCCAUGGACGAAAGAAGAAGAUAGGACAGUGAUUGAAUUGGUUAGUCAGCAUGGCCCAAAGAAAUGGUCUUUAAUUGCCUCGCAUCUACCUGGCAGAAUUGGAAAGCAGUGCCGGGAAAGGUGGCAUAAUCAUCUCAACCCAGAUAUCAAAAAGGAAGAGUGGACUCCUUUGGAGGAUAGUAUAAUCAUUCACGCUCACAGAGUAUAUGGAACAAAAUGGGCAAAGAUUGCAGCUUUGCUGCCGGGGCGUACAGACAACGCAAUCAAGAAUCACUGGAACUCCACGAUGAAAAGAAGGUGA